AUGCUUGCUUGCUACUGUCCAAAGUUGGAGACGGUCUCAUGGCGAGAUUACGCAGGUAAAAAGGUGAUUAGGUCGGAGGAGUUGACUGCGCAGGACUUGCUGAAGGGCGAUGACACGGACUUUGCUCGUGCUGAGGUUGCUAUAAUAUAUGCUGAGGGAGAUCGGAUACGCAAAUGUCGCACCUGUAGAAGUGCGUUUGAUCAAAAGUUCUUGGUGCCGCGGAUAUGGUGGACGACGACGGGCAAGCGGGCAAAUGGAUACUUUGGCUAUCAGGAUGUUCUUGAUGCGGAUGGGACGCGGACGGGCAGCAUGUCGUGGUUGAGGUUCAUGGUCAAGCGUGUCAGCAAAGUUCUCGAUCUCGACGACGAUAUGGAGAAGAUCCAGUAUCACUGGGUCAAGCUCAACGUCUUGACGAGAUGGUAUGCUGCGGAUAACCGCACCGAUAUCGUGCUCUUCGACCACCCCCAGUUCGCGCAGCUGACUAGGGAUUAUCUGUUGCGCGACAUCAACCCUCGCGAGCUGGGCGAUCCGUUCUGGAUGUAUCCCAGCAUGGUGGAGCAGAUCAUCCAGCUCCACGACGUGACGAUAUGGGAGACUCGCAACCUGCUCCGGGAUUUCGAGAAGCGGCGGGCGUUUUACCGCUUCAACCACGCGUACCUGCACGAGAUCCCGCGGCACAUGACGCACGUCAACGAGAUGGUGUACGUGAGCGAGGCCAUCCUCGCGAGCAUCCAGAAGCAGCACAACCACUUCCUCUCGACGGACAAGCUCAACGACUCGACGUCCAAGGACGCGCCGAACCUCGUCUUCCUCAACAUCCAGAACCGGCUGGAUUCCUUCCACAACAUGCUGACGAACCUGCGGCACCGCGCAGAGUCCAACAAGGCGCGCAUCCAGAACGAGCUGGCGCUGACGUACAACGACGCGAUGCGCGUCGACUCGUCGGCGAUGCGCGCGAUUUCGCUGAUUGGGCUGCUGUUCCUGCCGGCGGCGUUUGUGGCGGCGAUUUUCAGCACGUCGUUUUUCAAUUUCGAUGCGCCGACGGGGAUAUGGAAGCUCUCGAGCCAUUUCUGGAUAUACUGGGCGGUGGCGGUGCCGUUGACGGUGGUGACGGUUGUGUCGUGGUUUAAGGGGCCGCAGAUUAUGGAUAAGACUUUGCCUGGGUGGAGGAGGUGGGUUGAAUGAACGAGGAUUUUGCUUUUUGUGAUGCUGUUUUGUUUGUUUGUUUGUUCUGCGGAAGAGAUAUUUUUUUUUUUUGGUUUGUUUGGGAUGGGAUUGGAUAUGGUGUUUUCUUUUUAUGGAUAUAAUAUGAGUGGAUGGGUACUUUGGGUGUGAAAGCAUAGCCAUUUCAUGGAGAAAUGCAAUAUAAAGCUUUGGGUGGGGGAUAUAUAGAAGCAGGACGAGUUGAACUUGACGUCUGCUUGAUAGCACUAUAGCAUCUUGAUGCAGUUUGCUGAUGACUUAUGAUC